AGUUUAACUUAACGCAUUACGCAGGAAAAACAUCGGAAUUAAUUCUUGUUAGUGGCAGUAAGUAGUAAAGAACUACUUUCUGUAUAAACUUGGCGGCUUCUCUCAUCGGAGUUUGCAUUUGCACCGUAUCAGGUUUCUCAAUUUUGAGGUAUCUCAUGCUGGUAGUGAAUUAGUCAAAUUUCGAAUUAUUAGGUCAUAAUCGGCGUCGUUUAUGCGCCAUGGAAGGUAACAAAGACGAAGCAUUAAGAUGCAUCAAAAUCGCAGAAGACGCAAUCGCUUCAGGUAACAAAGGUCGCGCUCUCAAAUUCAUCAAAAUCGCUCAGCGUCUCAACCGCGAUUUACCGCUCGAUUCAUUGUUUGCCAUGUGCGAACGACUCGAUUCUCAGUCCUCCGCAUCUUCUUCCGGAACAAACUCCGGAGCCGGUACAUCGCCGCCGAGUGAUAAUCCGGCGAGAAUUGAUGAGAGGAAUUAUACGACAGAGAAUGUUAAGUUGAUUAGUGAAAUUAAAGGGAAACAGGAUUACUAUUCGAUUUUAGGGUUAGAGAAGAGUUGUUCUGUUGAAGAGAUUAGGAAGGCUUAUAGGAAACUAUCUUUGAAGGUUCAUCCUGAUAAGAAUAAAGCGCCGGGUUCUGAAGACGCGUUUAAGAAAGUUUCUAAGGCUUUUAAGUGUUUGAGUGAUGAUGGUUCUAGAAGGGAGUAUGAUCAAGGAGGGUUAGUUGAUGAAUUUGAUUGGAAUUAUAAUCAGAAUAAUAAUUUUAGGCGGAGGAGGAGAAGAGCUACUAAUGCUCGUGAUAUUUUCGAAGAUGAGUUUGACCCUGAUGAGAUUUUUAGAGCUUUCUUUGGACAGUCUGAUGUGUUUGGGAGGAGAAAUCACAUUUAUAGGACUAGGGGAGGCGGCGGUGGUGGUGGGGUGGGUAGUCAUCAUCAGAGGCAUGAGUUUCAGGGUGGAGGAGGUCAUCAUCUUAUGCUGCUGAUUCAGCUUCUGCCAUUGUUGAUUAUUGUGCUACUUGCUUACUUGCCCUUUUCAGAUCCUGUAUAUUCCUUGCAAAAGAAUCAGUCCUACCAGAUUCCUAAGAUCACUGAGGAUUAUGGGGUUCAGUAUUUUGUGAAAUCUCAGGCGUUUGAUGAUACUUAUCCGAUUGGAAGUUCAGCUCGUGAGACCAUUGAGCAUAAUGUUGUGAAGGAUUAUAGGAAUAUGCUUCGUCGUUAUUGUCAAAUGGAGAUUCAGAGGCGUACUUGGAAUAGAAAUCUACCUGUUCCUCACUGUGACAAGCUACAAAACUUUGGCGUUGUAGCCUGAAGCAAAAGUGACUGAUGGAUAUUGUUUGCUUGGCUUGAGGAAUUCUUGUAUCAGUUGCUCAUCUUUUAUGCUCAUCUUAAUUCUUCAGGAUGUAUAAGGUAUCUGUAGGAGCGGCCCUUGUUACAAGCAGAAUGUUAACUUGUUAGCUGCCAGUGCCAUGCUGACCUUACUCUGAGAUGUUUUUUUGAUUAAUAUGUUUCAUAUUGUUGAGUGUUAUAAAGAAUGUGUUUCAUCUUGUUGAGGGUUAUAAACAGUGGAGAAGAUGGCAGCAAAUAAUUGCACAAGUUAUGAGUAUCAGUGGUGAGGUCCUUGCAAGCUCAUGAACCGGGCUUAUAAUACUCUUGAGGGUAACAAACAACUUAAACACAGUUGAAGUAUGCAUAUUACACUAUUGUAAAAAAAAUAAAUGUGAAAGCAAGCUAUUGCUACAUUCAAAUGAAUGAAUAUUUUGUCUGCCGAGGAAGCCAUGCAAUAAUCAGAUUGUGUUUGAUUUUUGACAUAAUUAUGUGUAUCGUUCUUGCUGUCUGGUAAGGUGAUUAAAUUUGGGUCUACGGCCCAUCUA